AUGCGUCUUGUGAAGGCUUUCGCCGUUGGAGCGUCCAUUAUCUCAAUUGUGGUGGAGGCUCUUCCUAGUCGCGCCCGGUCAUUCGCAAGGAGACAGGUAACCGAGCUUCGAGAUGAGUACGACUUUGUCAUCAUCGGUGGUGGUACUGCAGCGAGCGUCCUAGUCAUCGAGUACGGUAAGAUUGAAGGCACCGUUGGUUUCUUCGACCCGCCAGAGGAUGGCCGCGGUGCCAGCCGUCUCGUCAUUAGCUCACCUCCUGUCGCCAGCGUCAACAACCGUACUGCCACCGUCAUCCUUGGUAUGACUGUUGGAGGGGGAUCCGCCGUCAACGGUCAGUUCCUGGAUCGUGGUUCAAAGUACGACUAUGAUGAGUGGGCGAGGCUUGGAAGCCCCGAAUUCGACGAUGCCGCUGACAGCUGGGACUGGGAGCACUUUGGCCCUAGUUUCGAGAAGUCUCUAUUUCUCACCGAGCCCAGCGACGAUCUUGUCGACGAGUAUGGCUAUACCUGGGAUUCCUCCUUCUAUACCGGUGACUCGAUCGAGGCCUCAUUCCCACCCUUCCAAUGGCCCGUACAGCGCAUCGGCUGGGACGCAUACGAAGAAUUUGGCCUUUCCCACUCCAGGACAUGCGACGACGGUAACAAGCACGGCCUCUGCUGGGUUCCAACCGCCCAGAACUCCCAAACCGUCCAUCGCUCCCAUGCCGGUGUUGGGCACUACAUCCGCGUCGCCGAUUCCCUGCCCAACCUCGACCUCAUCGUCGAGUACAAGGUCACCCGUCUAGUCAUCGACAAGGGAGAGCAAGUCCCCGCCGUUGCGUUCCGUCCCAUGUCCGGCGGUGAUGUGAGGACCAUCCGUCCGAAGCGGGAGGUCAUCCUUUCUGCUGGUGCAAUUCACACUCCUCAGAUCCUCCAGCGAAGUGGUGUUGCUUCUGCCGAGUACCUCGAAUCGGAGGGGAUUGAGGUUGUCGAGGACCUCCCCGGUGUAGGCCAGAACUUUCAAGAUCACUGUGGCGUGCCGAUUGUUUUCGGUUAUGACGCUCCUUCACCCAAUGAAUCUGACAUCAACACAAACGAGACCUUCGCUGCUGAAGCCGUUGCUCAAUUUCGUGAGCGUCCCGCGCGGGGUCCUUAUACCCUCGCCAUGGGUAACAGUGCCGCCUACCAAUCCCUCCAGGAUGUGACUCCUCAAUGGGAGAACAUCGUCGCCGACAUCCGGGCGCAGAUUGAAGACCGCUCUGCUCUUCAGUACCUACCAUCAACCGCCGCAGAAACUGUGCAGCAUGGCUACCUCGCCCAGCUCGAGAUCCUUGCUCAAGCUCUAGAGCAUCCUGAGCACCCGAAACUCGAAAUGCCGUUCGCCACCGGUGGUCCUGGGACUGCGUUCCUGCUGAAGCCUCUCAGCCGCGGUUGCGUCAUGCUGAACUCUUCCGAUCACGAUGCUACUCCAAUUGUCAACUACGCCACAGGUGCCAACCCUGUCGAUCUCGACAUCAUGGCCACCUACGUUGACUAUUUCCGUCGGAUCUACUCCACCCACACUUGGCAGGAGCGCAAUGCCGUUGAGGUGACUCCAGGCGCGAAUGUCACUGAGCACGAUGCCCUGAUUGAAUUUGCUGCUGAGAUUAUAAUAAAGAAGUGGAAGUACUCGACCAAAAAGGAUGGAGAAGCAGCAUAA